AGGGCGCGAUGGGAGGAGACGCUCAAGCAGAGCACCAACUUUGAGGACUUGCAACGCUCUGUGAAAUUCAACGGACCCGGGAGUCCCUGUGUGGCAGGGUGUCGAUCUGUCUGUUGGAAGGCCUUCCUGCUUUUCAAAGAUGCUAGUGCUGCUACCUGGUCUCAUGUCCUUCUUGAGAACAGGAACACAUAUAGCACACUCAGGGAACACUAUCUCAAGUACAUCAAGCAUCCAGAGCUUCUCACAGAACAAUCUCUGGACCCCCUCGCGGACGACCCUGAUUCACCAUGGACGGCAUCUCGGCAGGAUGAGCUCAUCCGCAGCGAGAUCCUGCAGGAUGUCCAGCGCCUGCCAGAUGAGCCCUUCUACCAUCUCGAGACCACCCAAACCCUCAUCUUGGACAUCCUCUUCAUAUGGGUCAAGCUGAAUCCCGACGUGGGAGGCUAUAGGCAGGGCAUGCACGAGCUGCUCGCGCCUCUCCUCUACGUUGUGAACGAGGACGCCAUCAAUCGUGACACCAUCGGUGAUGCUGUGGCCGAUCCCGCCAUGGUCGAGAUGCUCGACUCGUACUUUAUUGAGCACGACACCUUUGCCCUCUUCUCGAAGCUGAUGGAGCAGACAAAGCCCUUUUAUGAGAUCAGUGUGGAUGCCAGUGGCCCCCUGUCCUCAGAACAGAGUGCUAUCGUCGAGAAGAGCAAGCAGAUUCAUGAGAUUGCUCUCAUGAGCGUCGACCCGGAGCUGGCGAACCAUCUCAAGGUCAUCGAGGUUUUGCCUCAAAUCUUCCUGAUUCGGUGGAUCCGUCUAUUGUUCGGAAGGGAAUUCCCAUUUGAGCAGCUGCUUGUUCUUUGGGAUACCAUAUUUGCGUAUGACCCAACACUGGAAUUAAUAGACCUAGUAUGCGUUGCCAUGUUGAUCAGGAUUCGCUGGACUUUACUCGAGGCGGACUACACAAGUGCCCUGCAGCUGCUGCUCAAGUAUCCGGCCCCUGAACAGCCCCACGGCCCGCACACCUUUGUAGAUGACGCGCUCUACCUCAGAGACCACUACAACACUCCAGGUGGCUCCAGCAUUAUCAUGAAGUACACCGGAAAAAUGCCCUCACCAGUCGCAGAGCAGAGGCCUUCCACGCCUGAGUCUAAAUUCCCGGGCCUCUCACUCAGGAGCAGGGCGCAAGGCGCACGGUCGCCCCUCUCCUCACCUGCACGCUUCAUCUCGCAGCGCGGCGGUGUCGAGGCUCUCUUCCAGGGCGCAGCAAAGAAUGUCAUCGAGCGCGGCGAGAAGCUGGGUAUCAACCAGGCCGUCCGUGAUGCCAUGGGCGAGAUCAGACGGAAUAUGCAGGAUCUCCGGGUCUCGAGCGGUAACAACUCUCGCGCCGACACGCCCAUCACAGGCCAACAAGGUCUCUUCGCCAACGGCGUGCUUGCGUCCCCUGGGAGCCUGCAGGCCCCCACAGCUAUGUUGCUCGAGCAGCGGAACAAGCAGCUGGCCAUGCUCCUGGAUGAGGCCAUCACCAGCCUAAAGACGCUGGCGGCCGCCAACCUAGAGGACGACAAGGACAAGAAUCUCGAGGCCGUAGAGAUGGCUGCCGCCAAAGCGCAGUUCGUCAAAAUUCACCUAGAGGAUUCCUCACUCGAUCUC